CGACGGCCGCGCGCCGAUCUUCCGCACUUCGCCGGGGCGCGACGUUGCCGGCGCCUGCUUUGCCUCGCGCGUCGCUGCUGCCCGUGUAGGAUGGUGCGUGUUGGUGCCUCCGCUGUAGGUGUCAUCACUUUCGGAUAGCCCCCUUUUUUAUGGGAGGCCGCAUCUUGUUCUUUGCUCGCAGCGUAAGUACCGGCUACGCCGGCCCGUUUUUAACUGGUGUCGCGUUCGUUGGCUUCUACUAGAACGCCCCAGAAGAAUCACCUGGGCCAUGUUUCACAUGGCGGGUCUAGUAUCCCCGCGAGGGGCGGCGGACUUGUUUCAACAUUGCGGUUUGUUUCAUUGCCUUCAACGAAUUGAAGUUGUUUAAGUCGUCACUUUUUAGUUCGCUGCAGAAGCAUCAGCAAAGAAACAAAUAGGAGCAAGACGAAUGGCGUAAGGGAGAAGCACGUGUUUUUGCACAUACAAGGACGCACAUAUACUGUUCUCUUCAAAGGACGGAAAAGAAGCAAAAGAAUGGCCGCUUCUCCCGCACUAGCGGAAGACGCGGGCGGCCCGACAAGCACCAUGCCCAACGCACCAAAGUCGUCCACUCCAACCUUUCUCGAGCUUCGUUUCGGCGAGGCCGAAGAUCGUCCCGAGCGCGUGAUCAAGCUCCCGCGGAAACCGCUCUGCGAGAGCUUGCCCAUGCUGGCGAAGGUUUUGAGUUCUCCCCUGGACGACAGUCGGGGCGGCGAGAUCAAUGUGGUGGACAUGGGCAAGCUGGGUAUUUCCUUCGACGAAUUCUUGAUUGUUCUGCACCGGGUCUCCGACACCCCCAUUCUCACACCCCAGGAGGAGUACAAACUCCGGCGCAAGCACAACAUCGCCACUCUCGACGAGGUGGAGCUGAAUUCUGGGGCGCAUUAUCUUCCGAAGAUCCCCGCUUCAUCUUUGGAGAGAAAGCCGGGCUGUGCGGGUAGCGAGACCGGCACUGCAGAUGAUGCUGCUGCUGGUAGUUGUGGCGCUGCUAGACCGGCGUUCGAAGAGCAAUUAGCUUCCUCUCCUGCGACUUCCACUCAGGCGUUUCAAUCGCAGAGCCAAAAUGUGUCGCCACGGUCGCCGUGGGAAGUUGUGACGCUGCAUACCGACAGUGAACACGGGUCUCCUGCAGACGAUCGUCCUGCUGCACUUGCGAGUAAAAAUUCGACGCUUGCAAAUUAUUAUACCGAUGGAACCGCCUCCGAAGGAGCAGGAACCACUGAAACGACGGAUGACAGUAGUACUGAAGAAUGCUGCGCGUCGGGCUUCACGCGGUCCAUCUACGAUUUAUUGUCUCUGUUUAUGGUCCCGGGGUGUGUCGAAACGGAGUUCGUCGAUCUUUUUUUUCGCCAAGACAUGACUGCAGUGUUGCGGUGGGAAGAUGAACAAGAAUCGAAUAAUGUGCUGCACCAUCGCGGUCGGCACAGUGCACCGCGGCCCGACGAGCCACAUUUGAUCGACCUUCACAAUACCAAGGGGUUCUUGCAGAUCCGGAAUCGCACCGACGACUUGAAGUGGCCCCGCGACGUGAUGCGGUUGGAGCCAGUAGAGAACAGGUUGGACCGGGAGUUCAAGCUAACGUGUUUGGCUGAGUCCCAGCAUAAGUUGGCACGCACUAUGGGUGACAGCGGGCUGUUCGGGAUUUUCUUGGGUAUCAUUGAUAACAUGGCAUUUUCGGUGCACCGGGAUAUGCGGUGGGUCCUCUGCGGCGGUGCGGUCACCAAUGCUCUGACGCAGAAGGAUCCUGACGACUUCUCCGGAGAUGUUGAUCUUUUUUUGGUAAUGCCGCAUAUUCAAGAUCUCCCACCCGAAAAACGAGAAGCGGAGGCACGAACCUGGUGCGAGAUCGCAAUCGAGCGCUUGGCCGACGAGCUGAGUAAACUGAGACAUGGGCCACCACACCUAGAAGUACGCGGACAACCAGAACGAAGAUUGCCGUCGAUUGGGGAUAAUAUAUUGCGCGUUAAGUGCAUACAACGGUCAGCGCACGCGCUUACCUUCUACACAGAGAAAAUACCUAGUUGCUUUGGUGGAAGCAAAUUUCCCCCGAUUCAGGUGAUCGGGUGGUACUCUUCAUUGACGAACGUUCUCGAGUCGUUCGAUAUUGCAGCCUGCCAAGUCGCUUACGACCGUGGACGCUUCUACGCUAGCAGGAAGGGCGCAACCGCUCUAGCGACGCGAACAAACCUGGUUACCGUGAAUGACCUGUCUCCGCAGUACAUCUAUCGGCUGGGAAAGUACUUGGCGCGCGGGUUUGGAAUCGCGGUACCCCUCGACAGGCAAGUCACCGUCGAGAAAGUUCCGAUGGCCACGAGGUGCGCAAGGUAUCAGAAACACGCACACGCGCGAGGCGAAAAGUGCGCACGUCGUGAUGAAAUGGGCCGGCUUCUGCAAGUCUUCGAAGAUCAUAUGGAACAGAAGCGGCACAAUCUCGCAUCAUUUCUCGUAGAGCACGCAAAUCUUUUGCAGCCACGCAAAUCUUCAACGCUGCCACGUACACUGGUGUAUCCAAUUGAAUGCAGCAACAAAUCUCGGGAGAAGGAAGCAGUGACGGCAAAACUGCGAGAGCUGCGCCAUUCCAUGUACCAGACAUACAUGCAAAAGACGACAAUCCCCGAGCGGGUACCCAAUUUUCAUUUUGCUGUGCAUCUCUGCACUAUAAACGAAUGAUAUUCAUCAAUGAAGUAUAUUGUGAAGGAGUUGGCUCGUAUGCGUAUCGUGACUGAAGUCCCCGUUGUUGUUUGUUCCUUUCGGUGGAGCAACUAAACGUAAGUGAACACGCGCAAGUCUAAUCGUUCUAUCUUAUCAGGUGAUAUUGAUGGCACUGCAACGCCAGAAGAGCGACUCGCUCGAAGCGAAGGGGUCUGCUGCGGUUCUUAAUGUCGAUGCUGGCGGUCAUCCGGCAGUGCCCCCGUGCGAUACGGCCAUUUGCAGAAACCGGUAUCCUGUCCAUGCACUGGAAGUAGCCGACACAUUCGCAGUGUCUCCUUCCUCCGAAAGCAAUAAAAACAGUAUCCCACUCGUGUGCAAUCAUAGACAAGCAAAAGCCGCACGCUGUGCCGUGGAAAUAGGAAGCCGCGGAGCAUGGCGCGUGAAUAGCGACUGGUAUGGGCCGGAGCAUCAAAAUAGCUCUAUGGUUUCCAUUCUGGAGCGCAUCGAGUUCCGAAAAGUUGCGGCAAGUGUGGAGGAAGGUACCAGUUGUGGGGUUCGCUUGCUGGGGGACAAUGUGGACUCUUCGUUCGCGAUACAUUGCAAGUCGCUGUACGCCCAAGACAAGGAGCAAACAACCUUCAUCACGGAUAAUUUGAAAUACGCCUUGCGGCCGGAAAGCGGCCACGCACUGACAGUCGGUAUGCCAGAGGGUGUCGCGUGCCGUUUCCCGCUGAACGAACGCGCUUUUCCUGAAACUGCGAAAUUUUUUCGUGAAAAACACGGCGAGGCGUGCAUGCUGGUACCGAAAGAGCUUCGUGGGUAUUUCGAAAUGACGCAACGAGACGGGAAGGGGAGCUUUCAGAAGAAGCACCCUGACGAAGUGAUUCAGUCCGGGCAAUGGUGGAGCAAAAACAUUCACGGAGAACUGGACUUUGCCAUGCGUUUACUGUUGGGGUUGCCGGAUGAAGUGGUGUAGAUGAAGCAACGAAAUCAAAUCGAGAAUUUUCAUCUAGCAUAUCGCCAAUAACCGUUGUUGGUGUUAGAUGUUUGUGACUUUUGUGGCGGAAAGAUUGGAAUCAACAACAAUGUUGGCAUUAAAACGAAGACGACAGGAGCAUUAAGUACCCCGUGCAUCAAAAUGAACGAAAACGUUUCCAAGAAAU